AUGCUUGCUGCCGUUGGGCAACCUGUCCCCAACACUGAACAUGCCGUUAGUGUGUCACUUCCAUCAUGGAAAGCAACAGUGGGGUACGAGGAGGGAGAAGAAUGGGUGGUUUCCAAGAUGAGGACUGGAUACCCUAGAUUCUUCAUCCAUCUGAGUAUCCAAGAGCUGCAGAAUGAGGUCUUGAAGCUGCAUGGACGCGUAGCAGAGGCUGUCAUGCUCUUCCCGACCAUCGCUGUGGCGAAUCGAUGCGAGAAGUUCUUGCACGACAGAGUCGACGGUCUGGCCCCUGAAUCCGUCCGCGUACUGGUGCUUGCUCCAGUCAUCAACAAGAACAAAGGCCGGAGCGUUGAAACGGUCUCGUCGGGACUGGCUUGCGUAUUCUUUCCCAAGGAAUAUUUCAGCACAGCCAAGCAGGUCUGGCAACACUCCGGAGACGGCAUCUCGAGUCGAAGAGGAGAAUUCUGCCUAAAGGCCCUCCGAGAUGGGUUUCUAAAACCGGUAUCUUUCUCGCCGACAAAGCCAAAGUCGGAAGAUGUCUACACCAAGGGCCCGCGAAGGUAUCAGCGUCCGACCUCACAAAAUGGUAUCGUUCCUGCGUUGACGGCCAAUCCUGAACCAACACCGACCCAAGAUGAAACCCUCGAAAUCGAGGGCAAAGACUACUUUCAAUUCGUGGAGGAACGCUUUGGACGAAAUCUCAACGCCAAGCUCGCCUCACAGGCCAAACUUGCCAUCCGUCGACGCAUUAGUGGCUGUCUGACCGACGACUCGGAUCUGGAUCAGGCACUCGCCAAUUCUCCCAGUAAUUGCGACAGUCGACAUGUCGGAUUGAAAGACCACGACGUCUACCUCUUCCCGACCGGCAUGUCCGCCAUCUUCAACACGCAUCGAAUCCUCCGGGCCAACGCCGCCGCCAAGGGGAUGGAACCUCGCAAAUCCAUCUGCUUCGGCUUCCCCUACGUCGACACGCUCAAGAUCCUCGAGAAAUGGGGACACGGAGUGCAGUUCUACGGGUUUGGCAGUUCCGCCUGUCUGGACGAUCUCGAGAGACGCCUCGAAUCGGGCGAACGUUACCUCGCGCUCUUCUGCGAAUUCCCUAGUAAUCCACUCCUCAACUCCCCAGAUCUACUGCGCAUCCGCACACUAGCGGAUAAGUACGGGUUCGCGGUCGUCGUGGACGAGACGGUUGGAAACUUCAUCAACACAGAUGUGCUCAGCCAUGCGGAUGUGGCCGUCAGCUCUCUGACCAAAGUUUUCAGCGGCGACAGCAACGUCAUGGGCGGCAGCGCUGUACUCAACCCGCAGACCAAGAUGUACGCGGAGUUGAAGCAGACGCUGGAGAGCGAGUACGAGGACAACUACUGGGCCGAGGACGCGGUGUUCAUGGAGCGCAACAGCCGCGACUUCCGCGCCCGCAUCGCUCGCAUCAACACUAACGCCGAAGCCAUCGCGGCGAGACUGCAGGCGUGUCCCUCGGUCAAGACCGUGUACUAUCCGAAGAACAGCCCUUCUCGGGCAAACUACGAGGCAUGUCGAAACCGCGAUGGUGGGUACGGGGGACUGCUGUCUGUGUCGUUCCAGCAUCCGGAACAGGCCGUGACGUUUUUCGACCAGCUGGAAUGCCAGAAGGGGCCGAGUCUCGGUACGAAUUUCACGCUGGCAUGUCCGUACACGAUUCUUGCGCAUUAUUUGGAGCUGGAAUGGACGAGUAGUUGGGGUGUGGAGCCGGAUCUUGUGAGGAUUAGUGUUGGGCUGGAGGAGGCGGAGGAUCUCACUGCGAGGUUUGAGAGGGCGUUGAAAGCUGCUGAGUCGGCGGUGCCUCUUCAUGGGCAGGGUGGGCAGUAA